AUGCAGAGUCCCUUUGGGAAGGGGAGCGAGCUGGCUGGUCCAGCCCCUGCCCCUUCUGCCAGCAGCCCGUUAGAAGUUAUUUGGCUCCGAGCUGGCCUCCUUCUGCCAGAGCGGGUGGCAUCAACUUUUCCACCUUCUGCGCCAAGCUUCUCCCCUCCUUCCCUUCCACCCUCCCCAGGCUCCCCCUCACCGGCUCUGGCCGCAGCAGCCCCCUCGCCUCGGACUGGGGAGAAAGAUGCUGUCGCCUCGGCGCAGGAGGAGGAAACACGCCGCCUCGAACCCGACUGGAGUCGGAAACGCGUAUUCUCAUCUCUCCCUGCCUCUCUAGCAUCCGCCGGCCUGACUGAGGAGCAGAAGGAAUUCCAAAAAGUUGCCCUUGAUUUUGCUAGCAAGGAGAUGGCUCCGCACAUGGCUGAGUGGGAUGAAAAGGAAAUAUUCCCUGUGGAAACAAUGCGGAAGGCAGCCCAGCUAGGAUUCGGUGGGAUCUAUGUGAAACCAGAUGUCGGUGGCUCUGGAUUGUCACGACUCGAUACCUCCAUAAUCUUUGAAGCUUUAUCAACAGGAUGUACCAGCACCACUGCUUAUAUGAGCAUCCACAACAUGUGUGUUUGGAUGAUCGACACCUUUGGCAAUGAGGAACAGAGGCGCAGGUUCUGCCCGUCGCUCUGUAGCAUGGAAAAAUUUGCUUCUUACUGCCUUACUGAGCCAGGAAGUGGAAGUGAUGCAGCUUCCCUGCUGACCGCAGCUCAGAGGAAAGGGGACGCCUACGUCCUGAAUGGCUCCAAGGCCUUCAUCAGUGGGGCAGGUGACACCGAUGUGUACGUGGUCAUGUGUCGCACAGGAGGCCCAGGCCCCAAGGGCAUCUCCUGCCUGGUGCUGGAGAAGGGAACACCAGGGCUCAGCUUUGGCAAGAAAGAGAAGAAGGUGGGCUGGAAUUCCCAGCCAACUCGGGCUGUGAUCUUUGAGGACUGCGUUGUUCCUCUUGGCAACCGGCUGGGAGCAGAAGGGCAGGGUUUCAACAUUGCCAUGAAGGGACUGAAUGGAGGCAGGAUAAAUAUUGCUUCUUGUUCGUUAGGAGCUGCUCACGCCUCUGUUCUUCUGGCUCAGGAACAUCUCGCUGUCCGCAAACAGUUUGGAGAACCCCUAGCAAACAAUCAGUACCUGCAGUUCAGGCUGGCAGAGAUGGCGACGCGCCUGGUGGCAGCACGGCUCAUGGUUCGCAAUGCAGCGCGGGCACUGCAGGAGGGACGGGAGGACGCGGCUGUGCUGUGCUCCAUGGCCAAGCUCUUUGCUACUGAUGAAUGCUUUGCGAUCUGUAACCAGGCUCUACAGAUGCACGGGGGCUACGGCUACCUGAAGGAUUAUGCUGUGCAGCAGUUUGUGCGAGACAUUAGAGUCCACCAGAUCCUGGAAGGUACGAAUGAGGUGAUGCGGAUGAUUGUGGCCAGGAAUCUGCUACAGGGCUGA